AUGGAUGCAAUGCAAAGCGGCCAAAAGAAGACGACUAAAAGCAAGAGGAAUAUCAAAAAUUCACUCAAAGUUGUGUAUAUUUCCAGCCCAAUGAAGGUGAAGACUAGCGCGAGGAGAUUCCGGUCCCUUGUUCAAGAACUCACAGGAAGACACUCUGAUGUGUCCCGGAUUAUGGAGUCAAAUGGAUGUGAUGAUUUUCAAGAGUUCGAUGAUCAUUCUAAUGGAAGUUUACUGCCGAAAACUGUGAUUGAUGAUUCGAACCGACGCGAAUCACCAACGAGUUCAGAUUCGACCCUUUUGGAGUCUGCGGACAACGACAAUGUAUUCAGGUCUCAAAUGGAACAACAAUUUGCGGAGAUUUUUUCUUCCGAUUUGUUUUUUGAUUCUUCUCAGUUGAAUGUUUUAGGAAGUUAUGAAGAUUUGUGA